CACGCACGCAUGCACACACAGAAACUGAUGCAAGUUCCCUUAUCUGCCAGAGCCAGUUCCUCCAUUUAAGAUGUUGACUUGUUUACGUAGACGCGACAAGUGAUUUUUUUUAUUUAUUUUUUUCGCAGCUCCGUUUUCCCACACUGGUGCGAGGCCUUCUCCUCUUUCUCCAUAUGCCUUCCUUGAUGGCAGGUGCAUGACCUCUGGCUCAGCUGAUUUGUGCUCACCGCACAUACUCGGAGAGGGGCUUGACUGACUUUCUGGGUGAGGGUGGGGAGGGGGGGUUAGUUUUGUAGAUGGCUGGAAGGUGAAUCCUUCAGAGAGGACAGAGAGAAGGAGGAAGAAGAAGGAGAGGAGGAGGAGCAGGGGUCAAGCAUGGAGCUAUAGGGACGCCGUGCUCAGAUGCCGGGCAGGAGGAGGACGAGGCCGCGGAGAGAAAGCAGCCGCAAUGAACAAGACCAAGAGGAAGCCCAACUGUGAGAGUCCUGGUGUGCUCAAAAGCAGGAAGUCACCGCGGCAGAAAGUGCCGCACAGACGCAACACAUGUCCCAGUCCCCAGGACAUCAGUCGGGCCCUCCAGGCCCCCUCGUCAGGCCCCAGUGCCAGUGUGGCCAGCCUGGAUGAGCUCAUACUCCGCUGCCUUGGCUGCUUUGAUUCAGAGGGGAAGCUGUGCAGCCCGCGAGGGUCCCAGAUGGUCCACAUGACGCUGAUGAUGCACAGUUGGGUGGUCUCGUCUCAGACCUUCGCCCAGAAGCUCCUCGCCUUGUACAAGGACUGCCCCCCUGACAAGAGAGGCCUGAGGCGGGGUCAAGUGUGUCACCUGGUCAGGACCUGGAUCAGCCAGUUCCCCGCCGUGUUCGAGGCCGACCCCCUUCUCGAGCGGACCAUGGGGGACCUAUGGGCAUUGGUGCGUUCGGAUGGGGAGGAGGCACAGAUCAUCGACACGUCCUGCCUAAGCCCUCACGUGAACGUGUCACAGGCCCCCUCACCCUCCAUGAAGAAAAGGAAGGUGUCGCUCAUCUUUGACCACAUGGAGGCCGACGAGAUGGCAGAGCACCUCAGCUACUUGGAGUUCAAGAACUUCUGCAGCGUUUCGUUCCUGGACUACCGCAGCUAUGUUGUGCGCGGCUCGGUGCGGGACAACCCGGCUCUGGAGCGCUCCGUCAUGAUGUGCAACGGCGUAUCCCAGUGGGUCCAGCUCAUGAUCCUCAGCAGGCACACGGCCCAGCAGAGGGCGCAAGUCUUCACCAAGUUCAUCCACGUAGCUCAGAGACUCCGAGCCUUGCAGAACUUCAACACGCUGAUGGCUGUCACUGGAGGUCUCUGUCACAGCGCCAUCUCCCGCCUCAAAGACACGUACAAUCUUCUGCCUCCUGACGUCACCAAGGCACUCAGCGAGAUGACGGAGCUCCUGUCGUCACGCAGCAACUACAGCAACUACCGCCGUCUAUACAGCGAGUGCUCCGGCUUUAAGGUGCCCAUUCUGGGCGUGCACCUCAAGGACCUAAUCUCCCUCAACGAGGCCCUGCCCGACUAUGUGGACGGCGAUAAGAUCAACCUGAGUAAACUGCAACAUCUCCACAGCAACGUCAACGAUCUCCUGGAGCUGCACAGACUCACGCCACCGUUUGAGGCCAACAAAGACUUGCUGCAUCUUUUGACGCUCUCUCUAGAUCUCUACUACACAGAGGACCAGAUCUAUGAACUCUCCUACACCAAGGAACCCAAAAACCCCAAGAUCCAGCCUGUCACUCCAGUGAAACCGCCUUUGGUGGCAGAGUGGGGAUCAGGGGUCACCCCCCGCCUGGACCCCGACACCAUAUCAAAACAUGUCAAACAGAUGGUGGAUUCCAUCAUGAAGAACUAUGACCACAAGCAAGACGGCUACAUCCCGCUGGAGGACUUUGAGAACAUUGCCGCCAACUUCCCCUUCUCAUUCUGCACGCAGCAAACUGACAGGCAGGGUCAAAUCAGCCGAGAGGAGAUGACAUCAUAUUUCAUGCGUGGGAUGUCGGUUUGUGCCAAGCUGGGCUACAACUUCAACGAUGCGCACAACUUUCACGAGAUCACGUACAAGAGACCCACCUUCUGUGACACCUGCGGUGGCUUUCUGUGGGGGGUCAUCAAGCAAGGCUACCAUUGCAGAGGGUGUGGGAUGAACUGCCACAGACACUGCCGGGAUCUGGUGGGGAUGGAGUGCUUGAAGAAAGACAAAAGCACCAGCGGCUCCUGCCCGUGCACUCCCGCCCCCGACUCCCGAGCCAAGGGGAGCGUGUGGAGUACUGGUUCUGAGGAUGAGGCCUUUGUUUUCCCCCAUGGCAACGACUCAGAACACCACAAGGGCUGCGCCCCCUUCAGGAAGAGCACAGACCCUGUAGGUCUGUGGGACCGUGCCACUCAGACAGACCCUGGGGUGUGGACCCCCCAGGAGAAGAAGGAGCGCCGGGUGUACAACCACAGCGCCCCUGGCCAGGCCAACACGCUGCCACCUCCCAGGAGUCGCGGGUGCUCCAUGCCCAUCUCCUUCCUGCAUGAGAAACUGGAGGAGCUUCACCUCUGCAAGGAGAAGAGCCGGGAGCCCGAUUGACCACGGGCAAAUGAUGAACUUUCCUCCCCCUCAAACGGACAGCUUCAUUGUGUUUUUGCUUCCCAUUUAAAUUAAGGACACUGUCAACUUGUACUCUUGUCAUGUUGUCUCUGGUGCUACAUUUCUUGGAAAUAUCACGUGAGCAGUUUCCAGAUCCAGGAUUGAGUCCAUGGAGGGAAAUGAACACUAAAGCAGAAUUCCCACUCAUUAUUAUUAUUUUUCCUAAGUGUGGCAGCUACCACAAAAAUUAGAGGAGACAUGUUUUUGACCAUUUAAAACGGUUCUCGUGUUAAUUUCUGUGAUUAUUUUGGUCAAAAUACCCCAAGGAUGAAGAAUUUGAAAAAAGAAAAAAAAUACUUUGCCGAAAUAUGCCUGCUUUGAGGGCAGCACCCCACAUCAAACCCCCCUCCCCCCAUAACCACUGAGCCAAUGGCAAGCAGUUUCAUUACUAUGGCAACUAUGGUGGGACAGAAGCCCCCCAAAGGCAGUGAAAGUAUGGGCAGCACUUAAUAAGCCACCAAAGAACAUUUCGUCAGUGUGUGGAACACAAACUUAAGUCAUGCUGAACAAAAAUAUCAACACUUGUUUUUGCUUGAUCUUGAGAUGAACUCAAUUUUUUGUUCCUCUGCACGCAAAUGGUUUCCUUUACAUAUACUGUUCAGAAAUGUGAGUGAGCACUUCUCCUUUGCCGAGAUAAUCCAGCCACCUGACAGGUGUGUCCUUUUAUCGUGGGCAGCCUAAGGCACAUUUGUUCCAUAAUCAUGCCGCCAAAUUGGCAUCGUGAUUUGCCAACUGCCCGGCCGGAUAGCUUGUCGGCAAAGGACACUAAUUUGUAUGUCAGAGAGAUAGGCCUUUUGUGGAAAUAUAAAGAAAGCCCUUUGACUUCAGCUCAUAAAAAAAACGGGAACAGUAGGUUGGUGGUGUUGUUUUUUUUAUAAUAAACAAAGUAAAGCAAACUCCCCCUCUUUAAGAGUACUGCAUUCACAUUUGUCGUUAGCGACCAGUCCAGGGUGUACCUCACCUCUUGCCCACAUCAGCUGAGAUAGGCUCCGGGUCAUCCUAAUGAUGACUAACGCUCCAGAAAAAGGACAAGUGCACAAAAAAAUUGAAACACAGAAACGUUUCAUCCAGGUGUAUACAACUGCAUUUAUUGUAGAAAGACAACAAACAUCAGAUUUUUCACACUGGUACAAAAUCAUAUGUUGGGGGAAUGUAAUGGGAUUUAAACUACAGCUACCACAAGAGGAUUAUACUGUUUUUUUAAAAAAAAGGAAAAUGCCUCUACCGAAAAAGUGCCUCUAAAAUGGCGGUUGCGUUAUGUGUGACUGAAAAAAAAAAAGUCAAAAGAAAAGUUAAAAAGCAUGCUUUUGUUCUCUACCUCCCCAUAUCAAUUGUUUACUGCUGCUGCGACAAGCCACCUCUCCUCUCAUCCCCAAAAAGCAUUUUAAGGGUUAGCAUGAGGCGAGCUAGCAUCUAUCACCACGCCACCACUUUACAUAAGACUGAUAAAGAAGGAGGACAAAAAACAA